AUGACAUCCUCAUCAUCAUCAUUAAUAACUAGAUUUAAUCAAAUAAAUGAAGAAAAUCAAAAUAUUAAAAUUGAAAAUGAUAAAUUACAAAUUAAAUUAAUUGACUUGGAAAAAGAAAAUGAUAAUUUUAAAGAAGAAAUCGAAAAAUUAAAAAAACUACUAAUAAAUUUUCAAAAUAAUGACAAUACAACAGAAUUAUCUAAUUUUAAAGAUCAAAUUAAUGACAGUACAUUACUUAAUUCAGAAUUAACUACUGAGAACAUUAGUUUUAAAAAUGAAAUUGAAAAUUUAACAUCCCAGUUAGAAGUUUAUCAAAAUAGUGAAAAGAGUAUUAUAUUAUUGGAACUAGAAAAAAAAAAUUUAUUAUUAGAAAACAAACAACUUCUAAUCACAAUAGAAGAUUUAAAAAAUAAUAAUCAAACUUCUUCAGAUAUAACAAGUAAUGAUAAAAAAAUUUUAGAAGAAAUCAAAAAAAUAACAAAAAAUAUUAACUCAUUUGAUGAAUUUAAAAUUGAAUUUGAAAAAUAUCUUUCAAAAAAACAUACUGAUAAAUUACUUAUUUGGAAAUUUUUACUAUGGGGAAAUUAA